UUGCCUUUGUAUCUUCACCUGUUGGUCAAGAUAAACUGAGCUGUAAUCAUGUCAGAGACUGAACAUGUUAGAGUCAGACGGGUCAUCAGCAGUGGAUCAGGCAAGGAUGAAAAGCAGCCGAAGCCACAGCCAAGGAAAAGUGUGAAGAAGGAGGCAGGAUGGGGACAAACUGACAUGGUUGACAAGUUAGAGGAUUUCUUCCACAUCUGUGACAGCGAGGGAAAGGGCUUUAUCACACGCACUGAUAUGAGGAGACUACACAAAGAACUGCCGCUCACUGCUGAGGAACUUGAGAAUGUCUUUGACUCUUUAGACAUCGACAAAAAUGGAUUUCUAACACUGGGAAAGUUUUCCUCUGGAUUCAGUAGCUUUCUUCAUGGACGGAGAGCCUCCAUGACAGAGGAACUAAUCACUAAACCCUCUCAGAAAGCUCCAGAAGCUGCUGGUCAGAGUUCAGAGGACGAACAGCUAAUUAAGACAAUGGAGGAUGAUGAAGAAAGACACUUCAGCAUGCUGAUGGAGAGCCUGGGGGCCAGCAAUGUGUUUGAGGAUCCAAGUGAAGUCAGAAGCCUGUGGGCCCAGCUCAGAAAAGACGAGCCUCACCUCUUGUCCAACUUUGAAGAGUUCCUGUCCCGUGUUACGUUUCAGAUCAAAGAAGCGCAACAUGAGAGGAGGGAGAUGGAAAGCGCCCUUAGGAGGAAAGCAGUCACACAUGACACUGAAAUUCAGAGAUUAUAUGAGGAAAUGGAGCAGCAGAUCAUUCAUGAAAAAGAUCGAGCAAAUCUAAAGGACUCUGAAAGCCUGCAGAUACGCAGUCAGGACCUACAGCAGCUGCUUCGGGGUAAAGAACAAGAAUUAGAGCAACUUUUCCAAAAACAGAGGAGACUGGAGCGUCAGUGCCGUGACCUUCACAGUGAACAGCAGGAGAGUCGACUGGAGAACGUGAAGCUGAAAAUGAACAACGAAGAGCUGUCCCGUGACCUGGAGCACACUUGUGAAGAGCUGGUUGUGGCUCAGGAGCAGCUGGCUAUUCUGCAGGAGCAGGCCUCUCGACUGCAGGAGGAAAGAGAGAUGGAGAUGUACAGAGUCACUGAAGGCUUGCAGAGGGAAAAACAUAGCUUGAUGAAACAGCUGGAUCUGCUCAGAGAAAUGAAUAAGCAUCUAAGAGAUGAGCGAGAUAUCAGCUUUCUGAAACGCAGUAAUUCAAUGAAGAAAUCCUCUCGCAAGCAAAGAGUGAGCGCAUCCUCAAUAAAAUACACUGAGAGGAAACCAUCUGUCAAGAAAGAAGUUUCUAAAGAGGAAGUGACUCAGCGCUUUAACAGGAAGCCCUCCUCUCCGGCAAAUACCCACUGUUCACCCUUCACCACAGGGGAUGAUGAGAAGGCAGAGGUGGAUAAGAGAUCUCGGAAAUUAACUGGAGGCUCGGAUAAUGUGAAUGUUGGGGAGGAUGUGGAGGACGGACCACCUGAUGGUUGGCCUCUACGCAGAGUCAUAUCCAUCGAGGAAGACCACCUUCCUCACCUUCUGCAGGGAGACCCUCAUCUUCUUCUUCAUCAGCUGAGUGAAGAGGAAGAAGAGCGAGCAGGAGAAGAUGAAGCUCAGGGAGAUCAAGAGAGCAGCUGGCUUUACCCGUCUAAUGUGUCUCUGGCCUCUGCUGACUCUCCUCCACCAGUCAGGACGAAGAAGCCAUCUAAAAAGAGGUGGAUCAGAACAAACAUGCCCUCAUCUGCUCGCGGUCAGCCUGUCGGGAAGGAGACCCUCCAGCAGGGUCCCACAGAAGGUGCCACUGCCUCUCCUCAGCGCCUUUUUAAGGUCAUUCUGGUGGGAAAUUCCAGUGUUGGCAAAACUGCACUGCUGCGUCGCUUCUGUGAUGGACAGUUUCAUUCUGCCACCUCGGUCACUGUGGGCAUUGACUACAGUGUACGGACACUGAAUUUGGGGGACAGUCAUGUGGCUCUUCAAUUAUGGGAUACAGCAGGCCAGGAAAGGUAUCGCAGCAUUACCAAGCAGUUUUUCCGCAAAGCAGAUGGUGUGGUAGUCAUCUAUGACAUCACAAUGGAGGACAGUUUCAGCUCAGUUCGUCCCUGGUUAGCCAGCAUACAGGAGGCUGUGGGCGACCCUAUACCCGUCAUGCUCCUUGGCAAUAAAUCAGAUAGAGAGAAUGAAAGAGAAGUGCAGACAAAAGAGGCUGAUCUGCUAGCAGAGGAAGCAAGCCUGAUGUUCUAUGAGUGCAGUGCUUAUACUGGAGCUAAUGUGCUGGAGGCCAUGAUACAUCUGGCCAGAGUCCUGAGGGAACAGGAAGACAGAGUUUGGGUGAACACAGUCAGAUUGGUGGAUCAACCAAUAAAGAAGAAAGGCUGCUGCAAGUGACCACAC